UGCUCUUCUGGAGAUGGCAGAGGAUCAAACACCGGAUGAGCUGUGGGUACAGGCCAGGGAAGCUCUGAUGCAGGCUGCAAAAAACGGCAAGUUUCAACCUCGCUGUGUGGCGUUCAGGGAACGGGUUUACACGAGUCAUGAGGAAGCGGGGAACGAAGAUGGUGGCAAUAUUGAUGAAAUGCCACACGAACUGGAAAUCACAGUGUCAGAGAUUCAGCAGGCGCUGUGGAAAGUCUCGAUGAACAAGUCACCUGGUGUUGACGAUAUUCCGGUAGAGCUGAUCAAGGCGGCGGGUGAGGCUGGAGUGAGUAUGAUGACAUUGUGUAACAAAAUUUGGAAAUCAAGGAUAUGGCCAACAGAAUGGAAAGCAUCGCUAUUUAUCCCACAUUUCAAGAAAGGAGACAACAAGGACUGCAAGAACUAUGGAACAAUUUCACUUAUCCCGCAUGCAAGCAAAGUUCUGCUACAUAUCAGCCAGAGGUUGGAAAGUUAUGCAGCUCGUGAAAUUCCAACUGAACAAGCAGGCUUUGUGAAAGGUAGAAGGACUAGAGACCAUAUCGCCAAUCUGCGGCACAUUAUCGAAAAAGACCAUGAGUUCAAACAUCCGUUGUAUCUGUGUUUUGUAGAUUAUAGCAAGGCAUUCGAUACUGUGCAGCACAACAAACUGGAAUGUUUUGUAGAAAAUGGGCAUUCCGAAGCACUUGAUACACCUACUUAG